UUCAGCACGGAUUCUUCUUUAAUCUACGCUCCAUAUUUUCCGCUUUGAUGUUCUGAUUCGUAUGCGGAAAGGAAAUGGAGGGUUAUAGCCAUCCUUAUCCUCCGCCACCUCCUCAAACUGGCUACGCUUAUCCUGGCCCUGCUCCGCCUUCUGGGUUUUAUCCUCCGCCCCCGCAGCCUCCGGGCUAUCAGAGCUACUUCAAUGAUGACUAUGGUCAGCCAGGACCACCGCCACCUCAACCUCCUUCUCAGAUGUAUUAUCACCACCAUCACCAGCAUGAAGAUGACUCCUGCCCCUCUUUUAUGAAGGGAUGCUUAGCUGCACUCUGCUGUUGCUGCGUACUGGAGGAGUGCUGCUUCUGAAGCAAACAUACCUUCAGCUAUCUUGUAAUAGUCCUAAUACUUACAAGCGUUUCUUCCAUACUGGAACUGCAUCAUAUGCUCUAAGAACUGUCCCGACAAAACCAACUUUAUUUGGGUGUGCAUAUUGUAAUACCAAGAUCUUUUUAUAAUUGAAGUGAUGUGUUGUAUGUAUGCAUUAUUUAUAUUUGUCAUCAUUAUUAAGUAAACUACCACUAAUGUUCGUUUAA